AUGCCUCAGGCUGACAAAGUAUUGCUCAUCUUCAAGUCCUGCAGUGCCAACCCACCCAGCAUUGCCUCAGCCCGCAAGCACGCCUUCCAGUCUUCGCAUCCGCAGCCAAGUGGGUCGACUUCUCCGUUUUACGCGACUCCUCGUUUCCAUUCCGUCGUUCGUAAAGAAAAGGAUGAUAUCCAAACGACCUUUGAUGAUGAUGAUCUCGUCACUCCGAGCGUGCCCACGUUUCGUGUCUCCCUGCCUCCGCAGGAUUCCAUCGAGCCCGAGGAUGAUGAUCUUGGGAGAAUAUCACCUUUGCAUUCCCGAAAUAAGAUUUCUACGCCGGUGACCAAACGACGCAAAGUUUCACAUUCUGAAACCCAGCUCGGCGAGACAAUCACCAUCUCGUCUUCCCCGGAGUUGGCCGAACGUCCCGCGAAUGAUCAGCAUGAAGACGAGGGCUUGAUCGGAUGGAACUCAGGCUUAGAGGAGGAGGAUGACGUCGCCGCUACUACUCAUGGACCGAACGAGACCAACAAGUCGACACGGUUUAGGCCUGGGCCAGCAGCGUCAGCCGGGACUCCAUCCUUGCCUAGGGUUGUCUUCAGGUCAGUUGCAGAGGACGCUGAGCCACGUUCGGUCGGAAGUGGUGCGGUAAUACCCGAAGUCUUCUCUCCGUCCAAGCGGAAAGGCAAGCCAGACUACAUACCUGGCGGCAGCGCAGACAUAGUCCGGAGUUGGGUCCUCAACGUUGCUGCGCAGGAGUCACAGGCCGGCCCAGCCGCAGGAAUGAUUUUUGUCAUCCAGAGAGUGAUAAAGGACCGCAGUGGUCGUUUUGUCGUCGUUCUCAGUGAUGAUGGCUCAUCCUGGCUUCUUCCCGCGCAACACCAGAAGGGAUUUGCUGAUCCCAAAGCCACCCUGACUGGGAUAAAUCCCGGCUUGCGUGUGCUGAUCAAAGGACAUGCUAUGAAAUGGCCCCUGCAUUUCGGCACUCCCCUGGGUGAUGUCCGUGUUGCCGCAUCGUGGGAGCUCACUCCUGCUGGGUAA